AACACGUAAAACGGGCUAACUGAAUUUGCCUCGUGGGGUGGGGCAGUGAUUAGAGUUAUUGCUUCUCCGUGUGCCGUUUCCUCCGGGUACUCCGGCUUCCCCAUCUAAAACAUUUCUGUUUAUAUCGUCUUAUUUUUUCAUGGGUGUUAUUCAAUGGCGUUACUUAAGGCUUGAAACUCGCAUACAGCUCUGCUGGACGAUGGCGACUUGGUUGAGAUGGAGGAUUUGGACGCAGAGGAUUUCGCAUUAUCCAACUCCUCCGAUGCAGACGCUGCGUUUGACGCUGUCAUCGGGAACAUUGAGGACAUCAUCAUGGAAGAGCAGUUCCAGGGCCUUCAGCAGAGCUUCAUGGAAAAGUACUACAUGGAGUUUGACGACUCGGAGGAAAACAAGCUCAGCUAUACGACCAUAUUCAAUGAAUAUAUCGAGCUCCUGGAGAAACACAUAGAGAAGGAGCUGAUGGCGAGGAUCCCUGGUUUCUGCAUGAACGCCUUCACGGAUUCACUCAAACAGCACAAGGAUGAAGUGUCAGGAGAUAUCUUCGACAUGCUACUCACCUUCACUGACUUCCUGGCCUUUAAAGAAAUGUUUCUGGACUACAGAGCGGAAAGGGAAGGACGUGGUUUGGACCUCAGUAGUGGGCUGGUGGUAAAGUCUCUGAGCGGCUCCUCCUCCGCGCCCAUCAGCACAUGCACGACAUCGGGGCAGCAGUGACUGGAGCAUUUUCCUGAGGAGCCCCCCCCGUGCAGUUCUCAGGAGACACACGUUCCACCCUCCCCCCUUCAGCUACAGACACACCUACAUGCCUUUGAACAGUUCCCAGCUGACAACUCGAGCACAAAUGCUAACUCGGUAUGCUAAGUCUUACAUCGCUUUGUGAGGACUGCCCACGCAAAAUCACAAUCUGUAAGAAACUUCCCUGAUGAGUGAAUGCUGCUGUCUUUCCCUGAAAGCUAGUUUUUGCUUAAAGAUCAUUUCUGAUGUUUUUUUUUUUUAAAAAACGGUAGCUUUGGUUUAUUUUUUUAAAAUGAAUGUAGCAUGUACAUACUGAGGGGGCUUUCAAAAUAAUUUACUUGAAUUCCUAUUUUAACCUGUCAGGGGUGCGUGUGAAGUGUAUGUAUGUGUCAGAUUUAGUUUGCUUAAGUGAAGGUAAACACUUUCACUGACGUUAUAGACCAGCUGUAUAGUUUGUGCACUCUGGUGAAUGUGCUGUGGUUUGCUUGUGUUUUAUAAGUGGUGGUCACAUUCAGUGGUGUGUCUCUAUGGUGAAAAUGAUUCCCAUUUUCCUGGGCGUGCUGUGAAUGAAGCGGCCGGGAGGCGCUGAAGUUCCUGAGCACAGAACGUUUGUCCGCCGCGUUUCAGCGGCUCUCCGUUACCGCCGUACCGUCACGCGGCCUGAUGUACGGAACUCCUGCUUCCCAAGGGGCCGUAUCACGUUUGGGGACGUCCCACUUUUCAUUCCGCCAGACCUUCGCCUCUUCUCUGCCUGGCUUUUUAGCGUUCGGGCUUGAUGUGAUUGUGAUUCAUUGUUGUUCUUUUUCUUAAAGAACUUUGUCAUCCACUGUUGUCUGUAAAUAUUGAUACAUUUCGAAUAUAUUCAAUAUA